UGUACCUUUGGAGAUGCCAGAGACAAUAUGCGGUUGUCUACGAGAAUUGUCCAGUGUCAUUGCAGGACAGUCCAUAGUUGUGGUUACAAUGAAUGGGCGAUAUGAUCUCAGAUUGCCUCAGAUUAGAUGCAAAGCAUGUGAAGCCACUUGGAGUCCUGGAGUGGAUGACCUGAUCCGCAAUGACUACUGGCCUGCCACUUCUCACUUUUCUACUGUGUACAGAACAGAUGUCCUUUUUUCUUUUGAACAGCUGAAGAUGGCGGCACCAGGGAUGUCCAGCCAAGCAUUUCUUAGAAUGCUGGAUCAACGCACUCUUCGCUUUGGCCGUAGUGGAAACAUCACAGCAGACAGCUUCCGGAAAAGCUUCUUGGAGUGGGAAGCUGUCCUAUUCGAAGUGAACAAAUUAUGCCAGGAGGACCACUUUGAGUGCCCAGCGUGCAGCCCAGACAUGCUUGCAGUAUCCGUCGAUGGAAACCGUAAGCACUACAGAUUCAAGAGUGCAGCAAGAUCGGAGGAAAAAGCCAUCUUUGAUGGUGUGUUCAUCGCGAAUGAUGACGACGUCGCAAGAUUCGUGGACUAUGUCCGUACCUCAACCAGUCAUGUCUCUGGAAGAGGUGUCUGUGGAGGGCAAUGGUCAGCCGCCCGUGAAAUGUCUCAGAAGUCCUCAGGAAAAACAGACGAGGAGGGCCUGGAACUUGCUGUGUGUCGUCAUGGAGUUCUCCUUCGUGCCCUCAAUAUGUUCAGGGGGGAGAUUUUUGCCUACCCCCUGUACCUCCAAAAGCAAAUGGCCUGUAAGCCAGUUACAUUUUUUGCAAUGGAUGUGGCAUGCAAGUACUGGCCUUACCUCCAGAGAGUGACAGAGAAAUGCCCUGAGCUUCAGGAUCUCCUCACCAUGAGGCCGUUUCUUUCUGUUUUUCAUGCAAAAGCUCAUGAUUUCAAAUGUGAGGUAAAAUGGAGUGGAGCAUAUCAGGAGGGGGCUGGUUCGACUCUUGGGGAAGAGGUGGAGCAGUGCAACGCCUUCCUCUCAAGGAUUGCUGUUACGACAAAGCACAUGUCAAAAGCAGGACGCAUAGACAUGCUGAUGAUCAUGGCCAUGCGCUGGAACCAACAAAAAUUUGACAACUUGGCUUCUACCCUUGCCCGCCGAUACCGGAAGGCCACAAUAGCCCUGCAAUGCCAGAUGCAUAACCUGGAGGCCAUGAAAACAGAAAUGGACAUCUCGGACAAUCAACUGGAGAAGUGGAUCAUUGAUAUCAAUGAGUGGGCAGAAGCAACAACAUCCCCAAAUGAUGCUGAUGUUGCCGCUGUUGCCAGCCGAAUUGAGGAGCUGGUGGCAAGUGUUAAGAGGAGGUCCCAGCGUCUUUAUAAGGAUAGUGACGGAUGUAAAGGACGUGCCCGAAUCCGCCGAAAGAUCAGGGAGGAAAAAAAAAUCUUAAAUUCUGUAGUAGAAAUGUAUAACACAUUGGUUCCUAAUGCAGAAAAACUGACUAUGGACACCAUUCUAUCGGACGAGAUUGUUUGGCCAUGGCAGCUUACACACUGUGACUCUGUAGAUCUAAGGACAAAAAGGAAGGCGUUUGACAUUGUGAUGGCGGUAAGGAGACUUGAGGAGGAGAAGGGGAUUCUUAUCGCAGAGAUGAAGAAGCAUUGGAAGUCUCUUUGCACCCAUGCAGACACCCUGAAGCAGAUGUCAUCCCAGCUUUCUAAUGUGACAUCAGGUGAGACUUGGGGCCUGCUUGAAGAUGGUAUCCAAGGUCUACAGAGCUUGAUGAUGAAGAAAAGGCAAGCAAGCAACAGCCUGGCAAAGCAUGCAAAGAAAUGCUAUGUUCAAGUUCUGACUGAAACUGAAAUGAACUUUGAUAGUGACUCUGAGGAAUAUCAUACCAGUAGUGACUCUGAGCAAGAUUAAUCAUGAGUCCUUUUUAUGCUGUUGUGUGCUGGGGAGGCAGCAUUAAGAAGAACCAUCACAUCACUUUGUUUAUUGUCUCCACCAUUCAUUUGACUGUCUUAUAUGCUACAUUAGCCCCUCUAAACAUUUUGGACUGUGGUUUCAACAUUGACCCCUGUUGGUUUGUAUAAUCUUUUUUUAUAU